AAGCAGGAAAUUGUUUCACCCAUUUUGUUCAAAAACGAAACGAAGCAAAUCCCAUUGCACCUGAUCAUAUUUCCUUGAAAAUAUAUCUUCAGGAAAUUAGAGUUUUCAUCACUAGUGUCAACCUGCUACCUCAUUACCUCAAACAAGAAUUAAAUUUAAAAAAUGGCUCAUCUUUUAGCAGUAAGCGUGAUGCUUCUUGUUUCAUCGACAACGUGCUCAGUAAUUUCCUCUUCACCAGACCAAGACGGUAAAUGUGAACAAAUUACCAUCCCCAUGUGUCUGGAUAUCAAAUACAACAUGACCAAAAUGCCCAACGAGUUCAAUCACGAAUCUCAAGAACAAGCCGGCUUGGAGGUGCACCAAUUUUGGCCUCUAGUAGAAAUCAAAUGCUCUCCUGACUUGAAAUUCUUCCUGUGCUCCACGUACGCCCCCAUAUGCUUAUCGGAGUACUCUGAACCUCUUCCGCCGUGUAGAGACAUGUGUAGAAGAGCCCGAGAAGGAUGCGAACCGAUAAUGACCAGGUACGGGCUCCAGUGGCCCGAGCGAAUGAAGUGCGAUCGAUUUCCCGAGCAGGGCGGAGAAUUGCUUUGUAUGGAUCACCCCACGGACAAUACUUCGUCAACUCCAAGACCUAUGGAGACUCAGUGCAGGUGCCAUUGCCAAAAGCCACUAAUUUCCCUGCUGGAAACCGAAAUCAGUCCGCUACCGUUCAACCGAAACGUCUUAGGCGUCCCAAAUUGUGCGUUCCCGUGCAAGGAAACGUUCUUCAGUCCCGAGGAGAAGGAGUUCGCUUUGAUCUGGAUCAGUCUAUGGUCGGGACUUUGCGCCGCUUCUACGCUGAUGACACUUAUCACCUUCUUCAUCGAAACCGAACGCUUCAAAUACCCCGAUAGACCGAUCGUCUUUGUAUCGGCUUGCCAAUUUUUGGUAUCAGUGGGAUAUCUAAUCCGAGUUGCAGUCGGACACGAACGAGUGGCUUGUGAAGGAGCUAUAAUUCGUUACACGAGUUCUGGACCUAGUUUAUGUACGCUGGUGUUUUUGUUGGUGUACUUUUUCGGUAUGGCUUCGUCAAGUUGGUGGGUCAUACUCUCGCUAACUUGGUUCCUAGCCACUGGACUUAAGUGGGGCAAGGAAGCUAUCGCUAGCUACGAUCGAUGCUUCCAUGUAGCUGCCUGGAUUAUUCCAACUUUACAAACUUUGGGCGUUUUGCUAAGUGGAGCCGUGGAUGGCGAUCCUGUAUCAGGAAUUUGUUAUGUUGGCAACAUGAAUACUGUUAACUUACAAACUUUUGUGCUGGGGCCUUUGAUCAUCUACCUAAUCCUCGGUAUAAGUUUUUUGAUGGCAGUAUUUGUCUCUUUAUUCAGGAUUAGGAAUGUGAUCGAGAAGCGAGGUGGUCCUGGAGCAGACUCAUCUAAAACUGACAAAUUGAAAAAACUCACGAUCAGAAUUGGAAUUUUCAGUGUGCUCUAUACAGUGUCAGCAACUAUAGUGAUUGGUUGCCAUUUAUACGAAAACGCUUUCCAUAAUGAAUGGUUAAAGUCUCUAGCCUGUGGUUGUUUCUACCCAAUUAAAGCCAAACCACUAUAUUCAGUGUUGAUGCUCAAAUACCUUAUGGCUUUAGCCGUAGGAAUCACCAGCGGAAUCUGGAUUUGGUCUGGAAAGACUCUAGACUCUUGGCGACGAUUGUGGAAGAGAUUAUUCUGCCGACCUGAUUUAUCUGAAGCUGAAAUUGUUGAAAAUAAAGCACCCAUAAACGGAUUAGAAAACUGCGAAUCUUCAGCGAGUAGAGAAGUACUGUUUGAUGAAAAUUCAAAGCCAGACCUUAUAGAAGACUUCGAUAUUAUGAUGACUAAUGACGAACCAGUUUGUGAUCGUAUACGUUUACAGACGUUUGAUUCUGGAAUAGCGUCGCCGAGCAGGAUAGGAGCUUCACCGGAACCACCAGGUAUCAAUCCAUCGACUUUGGCCGUGGAUGAAGCGGACGACGAAUCUGAGAUUAGCGGAACCGGAGUAUAAAGUAAUUUACAAGCUAAUAAGACUUCCUGUGGUUGCUCACUAGGCAGGCAGUUCUGAUUCUUGGACACUAAAACUAAAAGUUAGUGCCCACUCCUCAUAAUAGCCCAAGCAGUCAAGAUUCUAGUCUAUACUGACCCACAAUUGGUAGUUCCAGCGGUUGGGUCCAACUAAAAACAAAACUCGAAGAUGAGGUGACUUCUAAAAAAGAUCUCGAUUGAGUUUAUAAAUUUC